AUGGCAACCGCGGCUGCUGCUACUGCUUCUUCGUCGACGCUCAACGACAGCCUUGGGGAAGACGUCGAAAACCAAACCCCACACUCUUCGAUACGAAAUAUCCCACACUGGCGACUUGUCGCUAGCCAAUCACUCAUUACCGACGAAGUCCUGAAUCACCGGUACGAAGGAUCUGGUACAGCAAAAGACCCAUACGUCGUCGAGUUCAUCGCCCACGACCCGCGCAAUCCGAUGGAAUGGCCGCUGUGGAAGAAAUGGUCCAUCACUCUGCUCGUAGCGGUUGCCACGCUGGCUGUGUCAUUUGUGUCCUCGGCCUACUCCGGAGGCAUCAAACAAGUGAUUGAAGUUUUUGGAUGCAGCCAGGAAGUCGCGACCCUUGGGCUGUCACUAUUUGUACUUGGAUUUGCUGUGGGUCCUCUGCUAUGGGCACCUUUAUCGGAGCUGUACGGACGUCAAAUCCUCUUCUUCGCCACGUAUGCGCUGCUCACUCUCUUCAAUGCCGCCGCUGCCGCCUCGAACUCCAUCACUACGCUGUUGGUGCUACGCUUCUUGGCGGGAACCUUUGGCUCUUCGCCUCUCACCAACGCUGGUGGUGUUAUCGCGGAUAUGUUCCCAGCCAAUCAAAGAGGUCUUGCGCUCGGUAUUUUCGCCGUUGCCCCCUUUCUUGGGCCGGCUCUAGGCCCAAUCGUGGGCGGAUUCUCCGGUGAAGCCUUAGGAUUCCGGUGGCUGGAAGGUAUCAUGGCGUGCUUCACCGGCGUGUUAUGGAUUCUCGGCUCGCUCGCGAUUCCAGAAACGUAUGCGCCGGUGUUACUGAAGCGCCGAGCCGAAGGGCUGAGCAAGCGAACAGGAAAGACCUAUGUCUCGAUGGUCGAACACAAGCAGGGCAAGCAAUCACCGGCUGCGGCUUUCAAGAAGGCUAUCAUUCGACCAUGGAUACUUCUGAUCUUGGAGCCCAUCGUGCUACUCAUCUCUAUAUACAUGGCUAUUCUCUACGGUACACUAUUCCUCCUUUUUGGUGCCUUUCCAAUUGUUUUUCAACAAGGACGCGGCUGGUCUCAAGGCGUUGGAGGCCUCGCAUUCCUGGGUGUCGCAGUAGGUAUGGUCUCGGGCACAGCGUACGCGAUCUACGACAACGGACGCUACAAUCGUCUGGAGGCAGCCCAUGGCGGCGAAGCUCCACCGGAAGAAGGCCGCCUGCCACCCGCCAUGAUCGGUGCAAUUGCCAUUCCCAUUGGAAUGUUCUGGUUUGCGUGGACGAACAGCCCUUCGAUUCAUUGGAUUGUGUGCAUCAUGGCCUGUGUCCCUUUCGGCUUCGGCAUGGUUCUUGUCUUCCUGCCCUGCAUGAAUUACCUAAUCGACGCAUACACCAUCUACGCAGCGAGCGUCCUGGCAGCGAAUUCGGUACUGCGCUCAUCAUUUGGUGCCGCUUUUCCGCUCUUCACUGAUCAGAUGUAUGCAAAGCUCGGCAUCCAUUGGGCCAGUUCGAUCCCUGCUUUCCUCGCGCUUGCGUGCACGCCUUUACCCUUUAUCUUCUACAAGUACGGAGAAAGCAUUCGCAUGAAGUGCAAAUAUUCCGCACAGGCCCAUGAGGCAAUGGCGCAGUUGCGGCUUUCGAGGCAGAAAACAAAUGAUCUGGCCCAGGGGGGCACCGAGGAGGGAACUGAAGAGAAGUAG